ACCUCCCACAAACAAAACACGUGAAACUGACACCAACCCACUUCUUUGACUGAAUUAUGGCACAGGGAAGAGGCAGUGCGGUGGUAGCUACGGCGGUGCUCUGCCUGCUUGCGGUGUCGCUUCACUGCGAGGUAGCUGAAGCCGCUACUUACGUGGUUGGCGGCCGCGGUGGCUGGUCCUUCAACGUCUCUGGCUGGUCAAGAGGCAAAAAGUUCAAGGCUGGCGACGUCCUUGUUUUCAGCUACCAAAAAGGAGCACAUAACGUGGUGGCAGUUAAUAAGGCGGGGUAUGAUAAGUGUAGCACCACUCCAAGAAAUACAAAGGUGUACACAAGUGGAAAAGACCGAAUUAGGCUUGUCAAGGGUCUCAACAACUUCAUUUGUACUCUUCCUGGUCACUGUGGUGCUGGCAUGAAGAUUCAAAUCUCUGCUUCUUAAACAUUUACAAAUAAUUAUAAAAAUAAAAUUAAAUAAACCGCGAAUUCUAGAAUAUUAUGUAUGUGUUACGAGUCUUGUGGUUUCAUUAAUAAAAAUCCACUCGGAAGUUAUAUUG